AUGGCCAUGUGGGGUGUUCCCAUUCUCAUCUCAGUUGGAUUGGAUUGGUUCACUGUGAAGGAAUACGGGAAGAAAAUCUUUCAACAGUCAAGCUUUGGCUGUUUGAUGUUCAUCAGACAUCCCUUCUUCAAUGUGGCCGUUGGUUUCUCUGUUCAGUUGUGCCAAUGUUUACAUGUCAGAGAAGUCAUGACCACGACGAAUGACAGGAGAGAGAUGCAAAUUUUUGCCUACAUAGAUACAGAUUCUCAAUCUAUAGAGACAUUUUCAACAUCUGGUGAUUGUAGCCAUGGGAUGGAAGAGAUUGAAAAGUUGUAG